AUGGCAGCACCGACAGAGGUCGCAGCAGAGGCUGCCCCUCCUCCAGUGGCCUCACCUCCUUCAGCAGCGCAGGCUGAUCCCCAAGCAGAGCCUCAGGUUAGGGCUCAUGCUGAGGAGGAGAAGCUCGCAGCAGCUGUCUCGUCACUAGAAAUCAUUCCCAGCAGCAGCGACACUGUGCCUGCCCACCGCUCUCACGAUCCCCAGUACAACCAGAAGAGGACCGAUCCUUUUCAGUUUGGCUCGCGCUACCUCGAGGACGGCGAUGACCCGUUCGAGUUCAAUGCCUGGGACCACGUGGAGACUGACGAUGCUUACAAGGAGUACGCUGAACAGCAGUACGAGAUGCAGCGCCAGUCUCCCGUGUCUGAUUUUGACAAGCAUCGAUUCAACUCGGACCCUGCCAAGUGGUGGAAUCUGUUCUACAAGAACAAUACCGCCAACUUCUUCAAGAACCGCAAGUGGCUUCAGCAGGAGUUUCCCGUGCUCGGCAAGGUAAUCAGUGAGGACGCCGGCCCUGUCACACUCCUAGAGAUAGGCGCUGGUGCCGGCAACACGGCGUUUCCCAUCCUAGCGCAGAACAAGAACCCUCAGCUCAAGAUCCAUGCCUGUGACUUCUCCAAGAAGGCCGUCGAGGUCAUGCGCUCUCACGAAAGCUAUGACACCAAGCACAUGCAGGCCGACGUGUGGGAUAUCGCGUCCGACGAGCUCCCGCCCGGCCUGGAAGAGGGUUCUGUGGACGUGGCGCUCCUCAUCUUCAUCUUCUCUGCGCUGUCGCCGCUGCAGUGGAAGAAGGCCGUCGAGAAUGUGCACCGAGUACUCAAGCCCGGCGGCGAGGUCUGCUUCCGCGACUAUGGAAGGGGGGACCUCGCACAGGUCAGGUUCAGGAAAGGUCGCUACCUCGAGGACAACUUCUACAUCCGUGGCGACGGCACACGUGUCUAUUUCUUCGAGAAGGACGAGCUGGCGUCCAUCUGGACCGGCGACAAAUCCCAGGAGGGCGAAACUGCCGAGGAUAAGGCCCAAGAGACAGAUGUUGCUCAGGAGGCGGGGCCUCUUUUUGAUAUAGAGGACCUUGGCGUUGAUCGUCGGAUGCUGGUGAACCGCGCUCGCCGGCUGAAGAUGUAUCGGUGCUGGCUUCAGGGUAGAUUCAGAAAGAAAUAAAGAAACCAGCUGUGUCGGGUGGCCUCUUCUCCCGUCUUU